CAUGCACCACGCUCUGGGGUGUCCCUGUGUGCUGUAGAAGAUUGGUUCUCCAUCAGAAUAUGGACCAGAAGCCACCUUUGCACUUGACAACUGGAAGGAGGCUGAUCACACAACAAUGCAGCCCCCGCUCCGGAAUGACGAUCUGGACCUGGAAGCAGCCGUAGCACGAGGCCGGCCCCGGCUCGUGGAGUUCCUCAGCCGCUGUCCCAGCUGGCUGCUCGAGACCUCCCAGCGCUUCCUGCCGGAGCUGGCCCUCAACAGCCUGGGCAGCAUCGCCGACCACAGGGAGAAGAUCUCAGCGCUCCUUGACCUGCUGGAGAAGGCCGGUCCUGCCACCUGGAAGCAGUUUGCGCAGUACCUGUGCAUGGAAUGCGACCUCCCCCUGGAUCUGGAGGUCCUGCUCAUGAGUUCUGCGGGAGAAGGUAACUUCAGCCAGACAGAAGCAGCAUGCACAGAUAUGAGUGCCCGGUCAUCUGUGCCAAAAGGGUUCGAUCGCCGUCGCCGUCACUGCAGCUCUGGGAGUGAUAAGGAGGCCAAACAGCAACGGCUCGAUUCAUUUGCAAAGUACCGGCGUCUCCUCAUCAGUUCCAUCCGCCAGAGAUAUGGAAGCAGGAGAGGAGCAGGAGCAGAAGCACAGGAACAAACACAGCCUCUGGCUUUCAACCAGGCCUUUGUCAACCUUGUCAUUCGCCAGAACAAAGCCCCCCGCUUAAAAGAGAAAGCAGAUAAACCCCGAGAGGAUGUGGCAGGUGCUCCUGAGCCAGAGGAGUGUGUGGACUCAGCCGUCAAAGUGUUGGAUCUCCUUUGCAGUGCGGUCCCCUCGGGCAAGACGAGGGUGAUCUUUUUGUUUGGUAAACCAGGUACAGGCAAGACCAUGCUGAUGCACAGGAUUUGUCAGAAAUGGGCUGAGGGCGUCCUACCUCAGUUUCUCUUCACUUUCCUGUUCGAGUUUCGGCAGCUCAAUUUAUUGAAAAGAAAACUGACUCUGAAGGAGCUCUUGUUCGACGUGUUCCUUCAGCCAGAAGACAGCCCUGAUGCAGUGUUCCAGUACCUCCUGGAGAAUGCCCGGCAGACACUGAUCAUCUUCGAUGGGCUGGAUGAGUUUGCAGCUGACAUGGACGUGUCAUCCUCCAAGAGGGGCCCAGCUCUUGCCUCCCCUAUGUCCAUAUCCCAGCUCUUUGCAGACCUCUGCCGUGGGAAGCUGCUGCCUGGUUGCACAGUGUUGGUCACCAGCCGACCUAAGAGACUUCCUGACUUACUGUAUAAAGUCAGUGUGCUGGCAGAAAUUUGGGGAUUUGACCAAGAGAGGGUUGAGGAGUAUGUCAGCCGCUAUUUUCAACAGCACUCAUUCAAAGAACAAGCCAUUGCUCACCUGAAGAACAACACCAAGCUCCUCAGCAUGUGCCUCAUCCCUGCCCUGUGUAAUGUUGUGUGCAUUUGUUUGGAGUAUUUGCUCCUUAAGCAUCAGAUGAGCGUGGAGCUUCCCCAGACUAUGACACAGUUUUAUAUCAAAAUGUUUCUCAUCUUCCUAAGCAAACAGCAGGGAGAGAGCGCAGGUGGUGAGGAGACUCAGCUGAACUGUAACAAGAAGGCCAUUUUGGGUCUGUGUGACCUCGCACUGAAAGGCCUGGAAGAGAAGAAGCUUGUGUUUUAUGUUGGUGAUAUUCCAGAGCACGUGAAGGAAUUUGCUUCCUUGCAUGGACUGCUGACUGUCUUUGAGGUGAAGACAAGUGGCACUUGCCCAGAGGCUGGCUAUGCCUUUGUGCACUUGAGCUUGCAGGAGUUUUUUGCAGCUCUGUGCCUCAUGGUGAGUAGGAGUGUGGACAAGAACUACCUGAAGAAGAGGUUCUUCUUGAAGUCAAAGUGGACUUUGAAGAACGAGACAAAGACCGAGCUCAUGGAGAGUUUUCACAUCUUUCUGUCGGGCUUGUCGUCAGGAGAGUGCAGGACGUUUCUCAUGCUGCUGGCAGAACAAGAUGAGGCUUGGGUGCAGGAUAAGCAGGAUGUGAUCCUGCAGUCUCUCAAGAGAAUGGCAGCCACUCACCUGACAGGGCCCAAGGUCCUCGAGCUCUGCCACUGCACCUUUGAGACGCAAAACCUCCAAGUGGCCCAGCACAUCGGGAGCCUGCUGAAUUUCAAGUACGAGUUCAGGAACUUCAGACUGACACCUCUGGACAUGUCGGCUUUGGUUUUCGUCAUAAACUCGGGCCAGGAUCUGACCUGGUUGGAUUUUGCAGGGUGCCUCGUGGAUGUCGACUGCUUGGAGGUCCUGGCUGGCUGUAAAAACGUGGAGCACUUGAGCUUUCGUAGCAGGAGAUGUGGCGACGACUUUGCUGCUGCUCUUUCAAAGGGCUUACGAGGAAUGAGGAGCCUGAAGAAAUUAGAGCUGACAGGCAGCAGCAUCACAGCCGAGGGGAUGACUAACUUGGUCCAGGCGUCCUCACAGUGCCUCCAGCUUGAGGAAAUAAACUUGCAGGACAAUCGGAUACGGGAUCCAGAGGUGAAGAGGGUGAUGGACCUGUUCUCCAGAAUGGAAAACCUGAAGAAAAUAGAUCUCAGCAACAACCACCUUUCCUUGAAGGCUGUCCUUGCUCUGGCAGAGGAAGUCGUUGCCUGUCAAAACGCCACUGAACUGUGUGUCAGGAAGGACACGGUGAUUGUUUAUUUUUCCGGCCCACCUGGGGAUGUUCCAAGAUCUUUGGAUUUGAGGUCGGAAGAGGAUAAGGAACAUGUAAUUCCAGCUAGACAAGUGAAGUUAUGCUUGCAGGAUCGCAGCCUGUCCCCCCAGCAUGCCAUGGACGUCGCUGCCAUUCUCCAGAGCUGCCCCUGUCUCUCUGAAGUGGAUUUAUCAGGUAACAAGCUUGGAGAUGAAGGCUGCUGUUUCCUGCUGGAAAGUCUCCCUCGGAUAUCCAUUUCAAAGCAGCUGGAUCUCAGUCAAAACCGCCUCUCUGUCACCGGCAUUUGCAGCCUGCUGAAGUCAGUAAAUACCUGCCAGAAGGCGAUGGAGGUACAAGUCAGCCUUCAUCAUAAGACUGCAGUGCUGAGGUUUACAGAAGACAGUGAGUUUUCUUCCCUUCCUCUAAGGGGAGAGGCUGUGCUCUCUGCUGAUGACCAAAAAUACCGAGAGGAAAACCAGACACCCACCACUCCCCAGAAAAUAAGGCUGACAGACAGCAGCUUUAAAGGCAGUGACCUGAAGAAUCUGUGUGCAGUCCUGAAGGAAUGUAGCCACAUCUCUGAGCUGGACCUGUCAAAUAACUGUCUGGGAGAUGAGGGACUGUUGCAGCUCUUUCAGUGCCUCCCGAACAUGAAAAUGUUAAGUUCUCUCAAGUUUAAUGACAACCAGAUCUCCCUGGACUCUGUGUUUUUCUUAGCUCAGUCCUUAUCUACACUGGAACACAUUAAAACAAUGAACCUCAGCUUAGGACACGUGCAGGUGGUUCAUCUAACCUUUUGGGAAAGAGUCAGGCUGCAAAGUAGCAGCAGAUGGAGAAGUGGUUUCCUGGCACAUCCCAAGCACGAAGCAAAAGGACGAUGCUUUUGUCUCAGAGACUGCAGAUUGGGUCCAGAGGACAUGACCAGGCUGUGCCAGAUACUGGCUCAGUGUCCCCAGCUGACAGAAAUUGAUCUGUCUGGAAAUUCCUUGAGUGACCAGAGCGUUGAGACGUUACUGAGCUUCCUGCCAUCCCUCCCUCAUCUGACACUGCUGAGUAUUAGGCAAAACACAUUGUCCCCACGUUGUGCUGUUUCACUCCUCAACUCCAUCAACCUCUGUGAGCGGAUCAGAAUGGUGGACAUCCGGUCAAGUGAAAAGGCCUUUUUGCAUUUAGGAGCAAGCAUGCAAAGGCAGAAGACAUCCUGCAGGCUGACAGGCUGUGCCAUCGGGGAAGGGCAGGUCGAUGAGCUCUGCAGCGUCCUGGAGCAGCACGGGUGGCUGGCAGAGGUGGAUCUCUCCAGGAAUCAGCUGGGAGAUGAAGGCCUGAGGUGCCUUUUGGACCACUUGCAUCGAGUGCCCAUUACCUGUUCCCUCAAUCUCAGCCAUAACAGGAUUUCUCAGGAUGGAGUUCUGCAUCUCAUAAAUGCCUUCGUCACAUCUGGAAACACCACUGAAGUUCAAGUCAGUUUGUGCUCCAAAGCAACUUUAAUCCUCAAGCUGACAAGCAGAAAUGACCCAAGAAAGAUUUUGAGACUUUCAGAGUGCAAAUUUCAGCCAGAGCACUUGGAAAAGCUGUUCUUGCUCCUGGAAAAGUGCACGGGUCUGACGGAGUUCACGUCCUCAAAUAACAACGUGACAGUCCAAGCUGCAGAAAGGCUUUUGCAUUCCCUGAGGAAAGAUCUGGGCUCUCUGAAAAUCAGCAUAGAAGAGCCCUGGGUAUGCAAAGAAAGAGUCAUGGACCUUCUCAAGCUGGCUCUCCAGGCCUGUGGGAACAUCACUGAGAUCACGAUAUGCAAAGAUAAACCCCUCUUCCAAUUAGAUGUAAGGUUCCCACGCUGCCUGGAGAAGGUGGACACAGUCUUUAGCAGAUUGAGUCGGUACAAGCCAGAAAUCAAACAACGUUCCUUCUACCAAAGGGUUUGUGAAAGGUGUGCUCAGCUGCAGGAGCUGAGAUGGUCUGAUGUGGAACUCCAUGAGGACGAAGCAGAAAUGCUAGUCAGGAUUUUGCUACCUCUUCCAGAGCUGAAGAGGUUUGGGCUGACCUCCAGCAGUGUUGUGACAACUGGAACUGAUUAUGUGAUCAUGGGCUUGCAGAACUGCCAGGCCAUUGAAGAGCUCAACCUGGGCUGCAUGAAACUCAGCAGUGCUGCCAUUCCUCAGCUUGUGCAGGGACUCUGUGAGAUGCCAUCUCUGAAAAGGCUCAUCUUGAACCACAACAGUAUUGGGAAUGAUGGCUGCUCCAGACUCGCAGAAGCCUUGAGGAAUAUGCACCACAUGGAGGAAAUCAAUUUAAGCCACAACAAGAUUGGAGAUCCAGGCCUGACAAAUCUGGCUGCUGUCCUGCUGGAAAUGCAAAACCUGAAGAAGAUCGACCUUUCAGGGAACUGUCCUAGUCCUGCUGGAGGGGAAAAGCUGAUGGAAGCUCUUGCCCAUUGCAAGCACAUCGAGGAGUUACUACUGUCAAGGAAUGGUUUUGGGGACAGGACAGCAGUAACACUCGCCCUCUGUCUGCCUCACAUGACCAACCUGAAGAUCCUGCACUUGCAGAACAGCAACAUCAGGCAGGCAGGAGGGCUGGAGCUGGCCAGAGCCCUGGUGGGGUGUGAGCUGCUGGAAGAGAUAAGUUUAUCAGAAAAUGACCUUGGAGAACAAAGUAUCCAUGCCCUGUCCAAGGGGCUGCCAUGCUUGGGACACCUCCGGAAGGUUGACUUGAAGUUCUGUGGAAUCACUGAUGAUGCUUCAAAAUCCCUCUCUCACGGCUUCCGACUGUGCCCUUCCGUGGAGGAGAUAAUAUUGUCUUGGAAUGCCCUUGGAGAUGGAGGAGCCCAAGAGCUGGCCAGUGCUCUCCCAGAGAUGGAAAAGCUGAAGGUGUUAGACCUGGAGAAAAAUCGCAUUGGAGCCUGUGGGGCCGCAAAGCUGGUGGAGGAACUUGCCAAGUGCCCGGAAAUUCAGUCCAUAAGGCUGUGGGACAACCCGGUGCCCAAGAGCCUCGCUGAGGAUCUGACAAGCCAAGAGCCAAGACUCUGUUUCUCCUUCAGCUAGCAAAGAAGAGCCCUUGCCUGACCAGGAGUGGCUCUACACCUCCCACUACCCUAAAAAAAAGUACACUGAAGAACCCAGGAGAUCAAAGUUCCUGCAGCUGAAAACCGUAACUAUUAGGUCUUCCUUUGUUGCACUGGACCAAGUGUGGACACUUUUGUUUGUUUGUUUUGUCUUUUUCGUUUUGGUUUGGUUUUUAUUGAGGCUUUUUUGUAUGUUUUGUUUCUUGUGAGCUUUCAUUGUACAGAAGAGGCAAAGACUGUGAAGAAUUGCUGCUGAGCAGGCAGUGUUCUUGGUGUGAAAACACUGAAACCCUCUUCAAGAGGAUAACUUUCUGGAAAGCUAUUAGCAAAUGGUGAUGAGAAUGUUUGUGUGCUAGACACUACCUAUUUAUUUAUUGCCCUAGAGAAAAAGGGACACCAGGCACCUCCAUCCAAACUUCAGCCCUGUCAAAAGUUAAAUAUUUAGCCUUUAUAUUUAGGGAGGGGCACCCAGAAAGAAGAGAGGUCGUAAUUAAGCUCCCAUGUACAGUCAACAAAAAAGCAGGUAUGAAGUUUCCUUGGAGAUGUGGGAUUUUGGAGUCACCAUCCCUGGAAGUGUUCAUAAAAACAUGGGGAUGUGGCACUUGGGGGCAUAGUUUAAUGGUGGAUACAGUGGUGCUGGGUAAAGGGUUGGACUCGAUGAUCUUAGGAGGAUUUUUCCAACCUCCAUGAUUGUGUGAUUCCAUGAUUCUAGGACAAGGUGCAGCUCCUCAGGCUUUCAGAAAGACAGCAGAGUAUUUCAUUAUCUUUAAUCCAGACUGCAACACCUAGAGGGUGUUGCAAUAAAAGCAUACACAUCCCCCAGGAGAGGAUGUAAAGUUAUUUAUAAAAUUGUAAAUUAUUGACACUGUUACAAAUGCACUCCAACAGGCUGCCUGAAAAUCACCUAUCACUGUGAAAUUCCUCUGUGAUUUUUAGGCAAAAAAUCAUAGAUUGAUUUCAAGGGACCUUAAAGACCAUCUAGUUCCAACCUCCCUGCCAUGGGUAGUGGCACCUUCCACUAGACCAGGUUGCUCCAAGCCCCAUCCAGCCUGGCCUUGGACAUUUCCAGGGAUGGGGCAUCUGUGGUUUCC